GAUUAGUGCAGACAGGACGGACAGAGACAUGGACGCUGUUCAGCCACAUUUAACUGUGAGGACGUCCUUCAUCUUAAUACUUCUGAGCCUGCUCCAAAUGUCCAGCGGGUCAAUCUGUUCUGGUCCAGGUUCUGUGCAGUUUAAAGAAAACAACAAAGUGGAUGAUCUUGUGGCAACGAUAACUGUGCAACAAGGGGUCACCCUGGAGCUCAUGCCGCCCUCCAACCUCCAAUUCAAGCUCAGAGGAAACGAGCUGUUAGCUGCAGAGGUGUUUGACUAUGAGACCGGGGAAUCACCAAUAGCCCUGAUCACCUGCACUGAGACAGCUACAGGCGCUACGUUAACACACAGAAUUGUGGUAAUUCUGGAAAAUGUGAAUGAUAACCCUCCAGUCUUUGACCAAAGCCUCUACCAAGUCAGCGUCAGUGAGAUGUCCCCUGUAGGAACAACAGUUGGAAAUUUUGCUGCCACAGACCGAGACCAACUAAGCCAGCUCUUCUACACUCUGACACCUGAAUCUCAAAACAGCUUUGAAUUGAAGUCACCCACCACCCCUGACCUCCUCAUCAAGUCGCCUCUCGACUAUGAUACAGUCAAAAAUGUAAACUUGGUGUUAUACGCUCAGGACACACCAUUGACAACAACAGAUAACAGAACCUCUUUCAAUGCCACCGCCACCAUCACGGUCACCAUCUUAGAUGCGGACAACAGGCCACCAUGGUUCCAGCCAUGCAACAAGACCGUGAUAGGAUCAACUGUGACCAUCUGCCAGAGUCAAGGAUACACUGGCAGAGUUUUGAUAAAUGAACAAGAGAAUGGAACAUUAACGCUGAAACCAGGACCCCUCUAUGCCAUUGAUGGAGACACCGGGAUAAAUGAGGAGAUGACAUACAAGUUUAUUAGUGGAAACGAUGGGAAUCUGUUUGAGAUCAACGCAAACACAGGGAAUAUCAGCAUGUUGAAGCCGGCCAAAGUUGAGGGUACAAUCAAUCUGAUAGUGAUGGCCGCCCAGAAGAGGAACAGUAAUCAGUUUGCCACCACCCUUGUCACUAUCAGUGUUCAGGUGAAGAGCCUCCACCCUCCAAAAUUUCAGAAGCCUCUGUACGAGGGGGUCGUCAGUUCAAUGGGCUCCAUGGCCAUGGAUGGAGAUAUGCCGCUGUUCAUCCACGCUACAGAUGAAGACUACAGUGAGGUUACAAAUCCUCACAUCGUGUACACCAUUAGUGGGAGCAGCGAUUUCACUAUCAUUAACGGCUAUUUAUUCAUGACUAAGGAUCUCCCAGCCAGCACAUUAACCCUACAAGUGGUCGCAACAGACGGGUCAAACGAUCAAUCUGAUACAGCUCAGCUCAUUGUGCAGGUGGUAUCAGGUCUCACCACCACCAGUUUCCCUUUGAGCACCACAAACAUUAUGACCACAACGCCCUUAGGUGAACCCACCACCUACAGCAAGACCACUGAGGAUAUUGUGUCCACCACCAACCCAAAUGUGACCACUGACAGCAUCUCAACUGCCAUCCCCAGCACCAGUGCAAGCAUAAUCUCCACCACACAUCCUAGUACGUCCACUGCCACUGAAGGCAGCGAUUCAACCACUAAAACCAGUAUGACCACUGAAGGAAGCGUCUCCCCUGGCAGCACAGCUCAUCCCCCCACAGUUAUCAUAGCAUCAGGCAGCUAUGAUCAGGAGGACAUGAUAGCCCUCGGUGUGACACUGGGUGUCCUGCUGCUUGUCUGUCUGGUGGUCAUCGGUGUGCUCAGCCAUCGCAUGAGGAAAGGCAAAGCAGACUGGAAGAAGAUCUACGAAGUCAGCCUGUUUCAUAGCUCUCUGGGUCAAAGCUCAGGUGGUCAGAAGAAGGGUGUCGAAUACACCAAUGAGGCCUUCCAGAAUGAUGAAGAUGGAGGAAGCACAGGCUCUAGUGGCCCAGAAGGGGGAGUGAGCAUGGAGGCCAUUGUUAAGUCUUCACUGCCACUGCACGCCCUCCUGCCAGAUGAUACCAAGGAGGAGGGCUUAGACACGGCCGAAAAUGAGAAGGAGGUGAAACCCAUCCUGACCAAAGAGAGGCGCAUGGAGGAGGGAUACAAGGCAGUUUGGUUUAAGGAGGACAUCGACCCCAAUGCCAAGGAGGAGGUGGUGAUUAUCCCAGACACAAGAGAGGAUGACAGUGAUGAGGAAGACGAACCUGUCAACAAAACCCCAAAAGUCAACUUCGAUGACACCGAUCUGGACAGCGGACUGGGUGUAAAGAUGGGGGAUCAGCCAGAGGACUCAGAUGAUGAUGAAGAAAUUACUUCUGAUCUGUGAGAGGAGAUGAAUGACUGGGACGUAGCAGGAACCGCCUUUAAUAAAAUAUGAUGAUUCAUCAGCUGCUAUCGCCAUCACCACUAAUGACAGGGGACAAUAGAAAUAUAAUCCAGGCUGUAGACUGGAGAGAUAAAGAAGCUUAGUAAUGUCUCAGAGUUCUUAAUUUAUGUCUUAAGUCUCAAAGUAAAUGGAACCUUAUCCAGCCAUAAUUUUUUGUAUAAAUGCUGAUUAAAUGAUCAAAUGUAAUGUAACCUGCUAAAUAUGCUAUAUAAAUGUACUCGAGGAGUUUGAAGCAGUUGAAAUCAAUGAUAACCAGAGCUACCUGUUCACAUGGUGGGAAGCUGUAAAAGGAAAUGCUUGUGGAAAAAUCUGGGAAUUCUGGCUGUGUAGGCUGUUUAGUGCUGAUAAAUGAAUACAUCAUGCAGAAAAGUAAAACGUCUCAGGUACAAACAGCAGGUGUUUAAAGAGAGACAUAUCAUCUGCUUUUACUGUCUAGGACAAUAAAACAAUUUCUGCUGAUACUGAAAACUAUAAAACAUUAUAAAAGAAACAAACAGAAUGUCUAGUACAUAGUCCAUAGCACUUAUCACAAAUGUUUGUCAUAAGUCUCACUCAAAUACACAUCUUGAACUUAAACAACACAAAACGAAUGUAAAUAAGUGUUUGGCCCGAAACAUUGUCAAUAAACAAACUAAUGAAAAA